AUGCAUUCAAUCGCUACGCUGGUCGGCCUUGUGGCCUUGCUUCUCCCUUCCGCCACCGCAUUAUCAUUACCACCAUACAGGAGGGCUCAAAAUACUACUCAUGGACCGACAUCGAGAGAUUGCUGGGAUGGCACCCAUAAUAUUGACACCGAUAUGGAUAUAACGUGGCCUAACACUGGAAAGACUGUCAGGUAUCAUCUCGAUGUCUCGAAUAUCACUAUGUCUCCGGAUGGCUUUGCGAAGCCUAUGCUAGUCUUCAACGGGCAAUAUCCAGGUCCACCUAUCGUCGCUGACUGGGGCGAUGAUCUUGAAAUUACAGUGACCAACUCACUCGAAGUGAAUGGAACAAGUAUCCAUUGGCACGGCAUGCGCCAACUCGGGUCAAAUGAGAUGGAUGGAGUAAACGGAAUCACAGAAUGUCCUAUUGCACCGGGCGAUUCGAAGGUGUAUCGCUUCAAGGCUACGCAGUACGGCACCUCAUGGUACCACUCGCAUCACUCCGUUCAAUGGGGCGAUGGACUCGUUGGACCGCUCAUCAUCAACGGACCCGCGACAGCGAAUUAUGACAUUGAUCUUGGUGCCCUGCCAUUCACUGAUUGGUUCCAUGCACCAAUCUUCACGAUCAACGCUGCAUCUCUGUUUGCAAAGGGCCCUACCACCGCAGACAAUUUCUUGAUCAAUGGUUCAAUGACAUCGACAUUUGGAGGAAAGUACGCCGUUACUACUCUGACUCCCGGAAAGACUCAUCGUCUUCGUCUGAUCAACUCGGGAAUCAACAAUUUCGUCCACGUCGCACUAGAUGGACAUGAUUUCACGGUCAUCGCGGCUGAUUUCAUCCCAAUCGUGCCUUACAAGACAAGUUCCAUCGUUAUAGCAGUCGGCCAACGUUACGACGUCAUCAUUGACGCGAAGGCGGAGGUUGGAAACUACUGGAUGCGAUUCGGCACCGGAGGAGACUGUGAUGGUCCCCAGGCAAACACAGGAAACAUUCAGAGCAUCUUCCGAUACGAUGGCGCACCAAUGGUCAACCCUAAUUCCACCGCGGAGACAGCAUUGCCCACGGGUUGCUACGACGAAACUGAAGUUGUGCCCUAUGUCAAGACAACGGUUCCUCAAAAUGCGCCGGAAGAGCUGACGCUCCAAUUCACCAGCACCGCCGGAUCAGGCAACAUGGUUCAAUGGCUCAUCAACGGAACGCCAAUGCUCAUUGACUACGCUCACCCUACGCUCCAGUCGGUGAUGCAAGGAAACAUGACAUACGGUAACCGCAGUCAUGUGCUGACUGUCGGCGAGAAGGACAAGUGGCAAUACUGGGUCAUUCAACAAGGAUCCAACAUCGGUGUCGGUCCUCCAGGUCUUCCCCACCCAAUCCAUCUCCACGGCCAUGACUUCUAUGUUCUAGACGCCCAGGCAAACGCCGUCUGGUCAGGUGACAUCUCACGCCUAAAGACCGACAACCCUCCCCGCCGCGACACCGCCACGCUACCAUCCCAAGGCUACCUCGUCCUCGCAUUCGAGUCGGAUAACCCAGGCGCCUGGUUGAUGCACUGCCACAUCCCAUUCCACGUCUCCGCCGGUCUCGGUGUGCAGUUCUUGGAGCGCGUGGACGAGAUUCAGAGCUCGAUUGGCAGUCUAGCACCUAUGAAUCAGGGGUGUAGAAACUGGAAGGUGUGGGCGGACUCGCAUUCGCAGGACAAGUUGGCUGAUGGUGAUUCUGGCCUGAGGAGAAGGUGGUGA